AUGCAGCCCAUAGCAGGAUAUGUAGUAGCUAAAGUUAUUGAUUCCGGACAUUCAAACUUCAAGAAAGGUGAUCUAGUUUGGGGAGUGGCUGGAUGGGAAGAAUACAGCAUUAUCAAUGCUCCCGAGGCUCUAUUCAAGAUUCAGCAUACUGAUGUGCCUCUAUCGUAUCAUUUGGCUAAUCUAGGUAUGGCUGGUAUGACUGCUUAUGUUGGUUUCUAUGAGAUUUGUGCUCCGAAGAAAGGAGAGUAUGUCUUCGUUUCAGCCGCUUCUGGCGCGGUUGGUCAGCUUGUUGGGCAGUUCGCAAAGUUAUCGGGUUGUUAUGUUGUUGGGAGUGCGGGUACAAAAGAAAAGGUUGAUCUGCUGAAGAAUAAAUAUGGAUUUGAUGAGGCUUUUAACUACAAGGAAGAGCAAGAUCUAAAUGCAGCUCUAAAGAGGUACUUCCCGAAUGGCAUUGAUAUUUACUAUGAGAACGUCGGGGGUAAGAUGUUGGAGGCGGUACUCUCAAACAUGAGAUUAAAUGGUCGAAUUUCAGUUUGCGGGAUGAUUUCACAGUACAAUAUAGAGCAAGAGGAGGGGGUGCGCAACCUGUUUUUGUUGGUAACAAAACGUUUGCGCAUGCAAGGUUUCAUCGUGGGAGAUUACUAUCACAUGUAUCCAAAGUAUAUGGAGAUGGUUGUACCUUUGAUAAAACAAGGAAAAGUUUGUUACAUGGAAGACGUGGUAGAAGGAAUCGAGAAUGCACCCGCGGCUUUGGUUGGGCUGUUCUCAGGAAAAAAUGUCGGGAAGCAGGUUGUGGUUGUGGCUAGUGACUGA